AUGUCCCACCACUUCAACCCCUACGUUCAAGGCUGGAACGCGGGAAAUAUCCCUACAGGACAAUCCCCCUGGCAGCCUGGCCAUGGUCCUGCGCCUUCCCCCUCCAUUUUCGGUGCUCUCCCCACGAUGAGUUCAUAUGCAGGCAACGGGAGGCCCCCUCCUGCGUCCGGAUUCCAGGUCUUUCGCAUCACGAACCUUGAUCCCAACGUGCUCAACGCGUCGGUUGUCAGCCCACAAGGCACGUCGGCAUUUCGCAUCAUCACAGACCCCUCGCAGCCACUUCGAACGAUAUGGCGCGAUAGUUCGCGCAGAGUGUUCGCUACGGUGGAUUGGGGCACUCGAUCGACGGUCGAAAUGCCAGGGUUAUUCCCUCGCCAGUCCAUACGUAGCUGGCUUCGGCUUUCCAGCGACAGAACGCUUAGGACCAUGGAACUCCGAGGGGUACAAUACAUAUGGGCCCCCGUGGAUAAUUACAUCUGCCUCUACAUCAACCAGGGAGGAUCACCAACGCAAAUUCUAGCGCGCGUCUGCACCACGUCGAACGGCGUCAACAUCGAGAUGACCUCCCAAGGCAUCCAGCAUGGUCUCGUGGAAGCCUCUGUGCUCUGCGCGUCUAUAUUCCUUUCUGGGCACAACAUCGAGUGA